UCGGAAUAUAGUAGAGCGGGAUGCUGUGGACGAGUACGAGUCACCGCGUGCUGGGGUCAACGAGCCGAUAAAACAAGAUCCUCAGAUAUUAUUGCUCCUUCGUCAAUAGAGGGAUUGAAAUGACAAUUGUGUGCGGUACGUGUCUUCUCUGGGGGCGGGGGAUUCAACCGCAUUUCCAUUUCGCAUGUAAAUAGAAGGAUUUUGAAUUAUUCUGUUUGUGCUUGGUGGAAACAUUUGGGGGUGAGCGAGCGCAAACAGACUGGCGAAGCGAGAUUAAAUGAAGAAUUCAUAUUUUCAUCGUUUUGCAUAUCAGGGAGGUUUACUGACGUCCCACGAAUGAUGAAAAGAUGCCUCCACCGUGAGAGCCAAUCGCAUCGAUAAAAGGAAGAAUAAAAAAAGGGAAAAAAAAAAACUCUCAAAAGAGUUUUUCAGUUUGAACGAACACGAGACGACGACCCAAGGGGAGAAGAGGGAAAAAAAAGCGGUGGCUGCUCAACGAUAAUACAUGGAACGUCGGCUUGACUGCGCUCUCACCGUCGGUGUCGACACCCGACGUUCUCGCUCAACGAUUCAAAGCUUUUAACAAAGGAUUUAUCAAUAUUUUUUAUUAAAAUAAAAAAAUCCAGUCAUCAUGUCAAUGACCGGUAGUCUAAUGGGUUACGAGAACAACAACGAUGCUAAUCAAAUUAAAUGCAAAAAGCCACUGAAAACACUGCCAACAGUGGCAACUAGUAAUUCGGGAAAUAUUGCACCGGUUACAUCAGCAACAACCGCCACAACAACCACUAUUAGUAAUUCCAUCGGUGGUAAAUCUAGGAAAUACAAAAAGACUGAUAGAAGAAGGGAAUCCUGUAAUCGUGGCCAUGCCAAUGGAUUAUGGUCGGUUUGGUAUGGAAUUCUCGCUGUCACGCUUCAGGCGUAUGUGGCCACCAGAUGUGCUAAAAGAUUCGUUGCGUAUUUAUCGUUACCGUGGCCGGCGGAGGUGCAGCCACCGAAAGUCGAACUGCACGCCUGUAUAGUGCUGACAGGAACGGGUGUACUGCUUCUACCAAUUCUCGUUGCUGCUGCCUUUCUAAAGCUCGGUAAUCUGGCAAACGAUGGUGUUAAACUUGGAAGACACAGCAGCACCUGCACCAGAGAUCCACCGUCCUCGCUGCUGUCAGACGGACCGGAUGGAACUGGCUUGGCGAGUAAUUUAUGGAAGCACGGUGGUCCAACAGCGGCCUUCGUGCAUCUAUGCACGGCCAUGUGCUUUCUUUUGCCCUCGUUGCUCAUGGAAGCUAGGCUGAUACACGCUGGAUUUUUGCCAAAAGAUGCAAUUUGGCGAACGGAUCUCGAUUUCGUUGUGGUACACCGGGAUCGAUUGGUUUUUCUAAGUUUCAUGAAUCCCCCUGGGAACUUAACGAGUCUGACAAACAUUCAAUCGCACACAACGACCUCAGCGCCGUACGAUCAAUUCGAUGAUCUGUCAUGGAGCUCUGGUACACCGAAUUUUAAUGGAAUGGAGUCUCUAGCCCACGAGACGCUACCACCAAUAACCAAUAGCCCUGGGACACAAUCCAAUUCUCAAUUUCCAAUCACAUUUCCAUCGUCCGAAGUAACAGGACAAAAAGAGGAUGAUAAUCCAACUGAUUCACCUCAUUUUACCGUAUCGCCAGGGAAAAUUACGGAUUCAACAUUAACGAUUUCACCGACCAAGUUGAUUAAAUCUCCCAGUGCGACACCGAGUCCAUUUAGCGUUGCAAAGCGAGCUAAUAAUGGAAAAAUCCUGGUGGGUAAGGGAGGAAAUGGAAAGGCCAGAGUGAAAACGAAAAAAACAGGAGGUAGACCGAGCACCACUACCACCAUGGAAUCACACAGGGAUAAUAUGACUGGAUACACGUUGCCACUGGAGAUGAAAAGUCUGGCGGAUCUCGACCAUCCGGAACACCUCAAUGUGGACAGUAACGAAGCAGAUGUUGAUUAUCGAUCCAUGGGACACGCAAUGAGCCUCGAGUACUUGAAUUAUGCAAUGGCCCUGGGUGUCUACUCGGUGCGUUACCCCGCCGUCUUUUGGUCCUGCAAUAAAGUCCUGGGGACGAUAUUCUCGAUCCAACUGGUCGUCAAUUCAGCCCAGAGUUUAAUGGCUUACGCCGGCAUGUCGAUUCUCUACAAAGUACAGGUUGUUGGACCGCAGAAAGUUCUGCCCCUUAUGCGACAUAGAACAGUACAUCCGACUCCAGUACCAUCGAGCGGUGCACAGAGAGUUAUAUCAAAUUUAUUUGGUGACAAUAGCCAUUUUCUGCUCAAUCCACAUGUCACUCUCGCUCUGUUUGCACUGUCUUCGCUGCUGGUAUUGUGCUCGAGCAUGGUCACCUAUCUCUAUGCUUAUGGAAGAUUUUCAUUCUUCUUGGAGCAAGAGCGUGAGAGACGUGUGAUUAUGUCAAAGGAAACACGUAGAAAUGGCUCUGGAUGGACAUACUUUACACAUUGUGCUGCAUUAUGUGUCUUCCUGGCGAUAGCAAUUUGCAAUGCUCCACUACUUUACGACUAUACUGUUGUGUACCGUGGCAGUCUCGACGGUGCGAUAUUGGCGUGUAUUCUCAGUACAGUUGUGCAUCUGAUACUCUGGCUGGUUUUAUGGUUCUUUCUGACGAUCAAGCGAAAUUGGAUAUUCAAAGUGCGGGUCACAAUAGCCAGGGCAACUGUCAGAUCGGCGAGAUCAGUCAAGCUCGUUACGGAUGUUGAUUUAUUGGCGUGCAGAACCAAGAACGAUAACGGUGAGGACGAUGAGGACGACGAGGAGCCGGAUAUCGAUCAGGAGGGUGUAGGCACCCCUUUAUUGGUCGUUGGGGAUGGAAAAACUUACAGCAUUGCCGAGGCCUCUCCCAAGAGGGCCAUAAUGACUGUCAUUCAGAGAGCCGUUAUGGAGCGUAAAGCAAGGAGAAAUCAAGGUGGUAAUGUUAAUCGGAAUGAGGCAGAGUCCAGUGCAACCGAGGACGAGCAGAUUUACUGGCUUCGUCCGAAGCUCCGACCUUCGCCAGCCCAGUCACCCAGUGGCAAUGGAACUGGUGGUACCUUGGACAAGAGCUGGCUCAAUAAGAAACUCCGACCUAAAGUGACAUUUAACGAUCUGCCUAGUACGUCUGGCCCGCGCAAUAAGGGAAAAAGAAGAGGUGCCGAGGGUGGACCGGAGGACGACGGUGAUUAUGCCACACUACGUGAAUUACCGUUGAUGACUGCCAUUGACACAGCUGAUGAUUCAACAUCCGAAGAAAAUAAGCUUCUGGAGUGUGUUAACGAUGAUCAAGUAACGUACUACGCGAAUGGCAACCGUGAUCUUCAGCCAUCGGAGGGAGAUCCUUCGCCUCUAUUGACACCCGAACCCUUACCCGAUCCCAACGUCGCUGAUUUACCCCCACCAGCCCCACUAACUAAUUCUCCUAUUGCGACUGUCGAUGUCGUUGAUGAUGGGGCUGCUACAUCAACCAGUCAAAAUCCCACUAACUCUCUUCUUCCCCAGCAGCCCACCGGAUACACCCCCCGCUGCUUGCGCCGGGGUGACUCCGGGAUGCCACAGGACGAGCUCACCCCUCGCUCGGACUCGUCAAACUCACCAGCAACUCUAGAGACCAUCCCACCAGUGGUGGGUUUAACCUACGCCUCAGAAUCCGGUUCAACGAACCGCAGCAACACAAGUAGCAACAGUGAAACGUCCAGUGGAGUCCACUCAAAUGUCAGCAACGUCUCCCACACGUCAGCAGGCUCUCAUCAACGUCGCGCCACAAGCGUCGACGAUCUCAGUGGAAUUCCGAACGGCCCAGGCGACUUCUCCGGCACCAGAGACGAAAACCACUGGCGCAGUUGUUCACUCCAACGAGGCAUUCAGCCCCCAGCAUCCAGAAAUAAGGACUUCAUCGCCACUGUAGUCCAAAAUGGAAUAGUAGCGACUUGUCAACCGUUCUCCCAGUAUCGCAAUGGUGAUAACAAAGUGGCGCCACCCCAAGCGGCCGGAUGUCCUGCCAUCAUCCUCGAAAAUGCCAACGAAGCGACAGUGGUGAUUCGCAGAAGAUUAUCAAGACCAAAAGUAACAGAGCCACUCAAUCCCAACGAUCCCGAGCCAUUUUCACGUUCCACUAACAUGAGAAUGACAUCGUUCACCGAGAACAGCGAUCUCAAAGGCGGCAUUCAUGCAUCCUCAGCAACAUUACCGCAUUAUCCAACUCAACCAGUUGUGCCCACUUAUCCUCAUUGUUCCACAAUGCCUUUGCCUCAUGGCGCACACACCAGUGGAUCAAACAGCACUUCAGCUGUCAAUGUAUCCGGUAACAAUGGUAUCAAUGGUGCCAUCACUGGUUCAUCCAGCAGUUGUGGAUCUGUUCCUCAGCACUCGAUUCAACAGAAUGGACACGGCAUUCUUCCACCGAGUCAUACGACACUGCCAUCCCAUCACAAUGGCAUGAGGAUUGUUCAUAAUCCUGCAGCUAGUAAUUCAUUCGUUAAGAGAUAUCCACCCAAUCCUGUUCAUGUGCAGGCACAACCGUGGAGUCUGUCCACUGGGCAUCACACCUUUCCUCAACCAUUGCAAAAUAAAUUCUUCCCAGCCACUAAUACUGGCAGCAGAGUGGCUGACAGAGACUCCGCUAAUUUCUCCAUGGCUAGUAGUGGAGACUCUGAUAUUUGCGUCCAACCCCAUUAAGGCUGUUAAGGAAUUUCCGUAAUUUUGUAAACUUUUGGAGUGGGGUCUUUGUUUUCUUUUUCCGGGAAAGUUGGUUGGAAAUUCAGGGGAUUUAGUGAA